AUGCUGCUCGACAACUCUCAAUCACAACACUUGCAGUCUGAGAUCGCACAGCUCGAGGCCCGCCUCCUCGAACUACGGGCCCAGCUUGACAUCUCUCAAUACCCCAGCCCUCCUGCUUCCCACCCCGACCAGAAGACAGCCUGGACCAUUCCUUCAGACAUCUAUAAGCACGAGAACAUCCACAAUAACUUCCACUCGGGCUCCGGCCCCUCCUCCUCACUCCACGCCCUCCUCCUUCUCUCCGACUCCGCCCUUCCCUUGGGCUCAUUCGCAUACUCCAGCGGGCUGGAGUCCUACCUCGCACAUCACAAACCUCUUCGCGCCAACCCUAUCACAUCUUUCCACCGUUUCCUAAAACUCUCCAUCGCCUCCAUCGCCAGCACAUCUCUCCCCUACGUCCUCGCCGGCUACCGCGAGCCCGACACCCUCGAAACCCUCGAUAACGACCUCGACGCCUCAACCCCAUGCAUCGUCGCCCAGCGCGCUAGCAUCGCACAGGGCCGAGCCCUUAUCGGUGUCUGGGAGCGCGCGUUCCGCAUGAGCUUCGCAACCCCCGCCGCCACCGAUACCGGCGCCGAGGUAGCCGUCACCGCAAUGGAUGACUUCUCAGACGCGCUCAAGUCCUGCAGCGACGAGGAUAAUGAAUACGAUCUCGGCCCUAAGGGCCACUUCGCCCCGCUCUGGGGAGUCGUCUGUCGUGCUAUGGGCUUGGACCUGCACCAAGCGGCUUAUAUCUUUGUUCUCAACCACGCCAAGGCGGUUCUGAGCGCUGCAGUGCGGGCCUCGGUGAUGGGCCCGUACCAGGCGCAGAAUAUUCUGGCGAGCCAGACGUUACAAGAUACUAUUAUGAAGCGUAUUCAGCGCGAGUGGAAUACCGAGGUUGAGCAGGCUGGGCAGGUUGUUCCUGCUUUGGACCUGUGGGUCGGCCGACACGAGCUGCUUUAUAGCCGCAUUUUCAACUCAUGA